AUGCUGCUGCAAUCGGUCCUCUCCGCUCUGUGCUUUUGUCUCAGCAUCGCAUCUGCCAAAUCACACCCAACGGUCUAUAUAAUUCGACACGGCGAGAAGCCUCGGAAUCCAAACGAGCAUGGUCUAAGCUCAGACGGGGUCAAGCGGGCACAGUGUCUGAGGCGUGUUUUCGGUCAAGACUCGGGGUACAGCAUCGGGCAUAUUAUGGCACCUCGUGUGAAAAAGGAUGGAGCGCAUGGACGUUCGUUUGAGACCGUUCUACCCCUUGCCAACGAUCUCGGUCUCACAGUCGACACACAUUGCAAGCGAAACCAGGUGAAAUGCGUCGCUAAGGCGAUCAGGUCAUAUGACGGACCGGGCAACAUUUUGAUUGCAUGGCGGCACUCGAAAAUGGGUAAGAUUGAGGAGGAGCUUGGGGCUCUCGAGUCUAUUGAAUAUCCGGAUGAGCGCCUCUCUAUCUACGCACAGACCAGCACAGCAAAAUUGUUCCGUGAAGGCGGUGAACCAGCCGAAGCGGAGACAAUUGUAGCGCCAAGAUUUCCUCCCCCAAAUUUUUCGUUGCGCUUGAUUAUCGAGCUUUCCCCUCCAGAUUACAAUUUCUGUUUACGGGAAAAGAUCAUGGAUGAUAUCGAGGAACGGCUGCGCAGCCAUGCGCAGGCAUUUGACGGUCUACUGUCUUUGAUCCCCGCCAAAUACUAUUAUGGCGAAGAAGAUACAAGUGAUCAAUGGCAACGCAAAAAGCAAACCAAAGAGCAAGCACGUGAGGCGAAGCGGGCGAAGCUGAACCCCGAAGCCGCUAAGACCGCCAAAGAUGUGAUGGAUGAAAACGCACGCAAGAGAAAGCGGGAGGACGGCACCCUCGAGUCCGACUCGUCCGACGGAGAGUUGGGCACAGAGACCCCUAAGGAAGGACUGCAACGCGGAACCACCAACGUCAAGAAGCAAAAGCAGGUCGAAAAGACUGAUAAGCCAGACGCUGCCAAGACCGCAGAGGCUGAGGCACGGAAAAAGCAAAAGGAAGAGAAGAAAGCCCAGAAGAAGGCCGCCCAAAUGGAGAAAAAGAAGGCCAAGGAUGCUGCCCGGAAGGAGAAGGCUCAGCAGGCCAAAAAGCCAUCGAGUACCCCAACUGAAGAUUCGGAAAAAUCUGCACCCAAGCCUAACGGCAAUGCAACCAAGGACACUGAAGCGUCCGAGGAUGAAGAGGAUGACGACCAAGAAGAUGGCGGAGUUGUUGAGGAAGGCUUCUCCGUUGAGUUCAAUAUUGAACCGGAAACCCCUUCUUCUGCCCCAUCUACCACUGACUCCCCUAGCCUCGAUGCCUCAAAUCCUCAAUCGAGCACCUCCUCCACUUCCUCCAUCGUUCCCCCCUCCGCCUCCACCGAUGCCAAAUCCUCAGAGCCCAAACCUCUCAAGCACACACCCGAAGAGCUGAAGCAACGUCUACAAAAGCGCCUGGAUGAGCUCCGGGCUAAGCGCCAUGCGGAUGGACUCAACGGCAAGCCUGCACGUAACCGCCAAGAGCUGAUCGAAGCCCGCCGGCAAAAGGCCGAUCAAAGAAAAGCACACAAGAAAGAGUUGCGUGAAAAGGCCAAGAUUGAGGAAGAAAAGAAGAACGACGAGGCCAUGGCCCGUCGUUUCUCGCCCGGUGGCUCUGGAUCUCUUCUGGCAUCCCCCGCUCCCCUGCCGAACGGCCAGCAGACAGAUGCCACUGGAACCAGCGUGCGCGACAAGCCGAAGACCAGCGGUGCCCGUGAUCCUGGUGCCCAGCUCAAGGCCGCUGAGGCCAAGAAAGCCCGCCUCGAAGAGAUGGACCCUACCAAGCGUGCCGAUAUCGAAGAGAAGGACAUGUGGCUGAAUGCCAAGAAGCGUGCUCACGGCGAGCGUGUCCGCGACGAUACCUCUCUACUGAAAAAGGCUCUCAAGCGCAAAGAGACAGCGAAGAAGAGAUCCGAGCGUGAAUGGGGAGACCGCAUGGACGCUGUCGCCAAAUUCAGGGGAGAACGCCAGAACAAGCGCGAAGAGAACCUCCGCAAGCGCCGGGAGGAGAAGGGCACCAAGGGUGGCAAGAAGAAGUCCAGCAGCGGUGGAAAGAAGAAGGCUGCUCGUCCUGGAUUCGAGGGCAGCUUCAAGGGUGGUGGCAAGAAGAAAUAA